UAAAAAAAUUAGCUCUUUUUAAUAAUUUAUACUAGGUAUUACCAUUGCUAAAUUUUAUUUAUGUAUACCUAUAUAUUUAUUUUAAAACUUUAUUAAAUUGGUUAUUUAUUCUUAUUCUUACACCAAUAAUAUAAUUAUUAAUAUUGUAAAAGAAUAUGGUUAAACUUUACAAGCAAUAAAAUAAUCAACCUCAUUUUGAUAAAUCAUAAAUCUAUAUAAAAAUGACCAGCUUAUUUAUGAUGAUUAAUAAGAUCGGUAGCAAGAAUCAAGUUAGACUUGGUGCACUGGAAAGUCCCUUUCAUCUUUUCACAUUCAUCCGCAACUUGACCUUGACGACAGUGGAUUUAACACAGAAGUCUGGUAAAUCUAAAUUGAAAAUGCAAGCAAAGCUUAAUGAAGUGGAGAGGAAUACCUCACUAGCCCCUCUGUUCUCUCAAGGAUGGAAAUUGGUUGAAAACCGGGAUGCUAUUAACAAGGAGUUUUUGUUUAAAGAUUUUAAUCAGGCUUUUGGUUUUAUGAGCCGCACAGCUCUUCUUGCUGAAAAGAUGGAUCACCACCCAGAAUGGUUUAAUGUAUACAACAAAGUACAAGUUACCUUGUCUUCACACGAUGUUAAUGGAUUAAGUGGAAGAGAUGUAAAACUGGCAAACUUCAUGGAAGAUGUUGCCAAAGGUAUUAAGUCUUAAAAAAUAAUAUGGACCUCAAGUUUCUGUAAUAUGAUAACAAUCUCGAUAUACAAUAAGACUAUCUUAUAAUUAUGUUUUGUUGACUGUUAGAAGACUUUAUUUACAUUUGUUUUGGAUAAAUCUACAUUUGUUUGUUAAUAAACUGUGCAUAAUAA